GUUUAAUGUAUUAAUUGUAUGGAGCCUGUUGUUACAGUGGCUUCUGUGUUUGUGUUAUCUCUCAAACAUUUAUUUCUUCCAGGGGUGCAAGAUGGUACUCAAUGGAAAUGGCUGGAGUAGUUACGAAUAGAGGAGCAAAAAUAAUUCAGAAUGCUCGCGUAUUGGUUGAAAAAAUUGGAAAACCACUUGAAUUAGAUAGAGAUGGUAUCUGGUGUGUGCUCCCUGGAUCUUUUCCGGGGAACUUUACUUUCAAAACCAACCAAAUUUAAAUGCAUCAUCCAAGGUUUUCUUAAGUGAGCGUGCUGUUCCUGUUGCAAUAUUUGAAACUGAUGCUGAAAUAAUGAAGCAUUAUGUGCGGAGAUGGUGCAAGAUUUCAUCAGAUGUGGGCAUUCGAUCCAUUAUUGACUGGUCUUAUUACAAGCAAAGGCUUAGUUCAGCAAUUCAGAAAGUUAUUACCAUUCCUGCAGCAAUGCUUCAGGUUGCGAAUCCCGUCCCUAGAGGGUAGUACAUCCUGAUUGGCUGCAUAAGAAGGUUCGUGAGAAGGAGGACAAGUUUCGAGAACGCAAAUUACUUGAUAUCUUCAGCUCGUUGAACAGGGAUGAAUUUUUGAAAAAGAAUAGUGAUGCUGCUGGCGCCAAUGGUGUGAUGAAUGAAGAAAUUGUUAAAGACUUGGAGGACUUUGGAAACAACAGCAGAAAAUCUCCUGCAGACUGGGAGGAUAGGGAAUAUAUUGAUGAUCCUAGUGAGGUUAAACCUGAGGGAUAUGAUUCAAUUCCAAAAGAAAUUCCAGACCCAAAAGCUAAAGAGCCUCAUAACUGGGAUGAUGAAGAGAAUGGUGCGUGGAAACCCCCAAAGGUACCUAAUCCAGCGUAUAAAGGACUAUGGAAGCCCAAGAAAAUUAAGAACCCCAAUUAUAAAGGAAAAUGGAAGACUCCUUGGAUUGAUAAUCCAGAGUUUGAAGAUGACCCUGAUGUUUAUGGGCUUAAGCCAAUUAAGUAUGUAGGAAUUGAGGUUUGGCAGGUAAAGGGUGGGUCAGUUUACGACAAUGUUUUGAUCUGUGAUGACCCAGAUUAUGCAACACAAGUUGUGGAAGAAGUAUUUGCAAACAGGGAGAUUGAAAAAGAGGCCUUUGAGGAAGCAGAGAAAGUGAGAAAAGCACGAGAGGAAGAGGAAGCUCAAAGAGCAAGACAAGAAGGUGAAAGGAGGAGAAGAGAGCGGGGUUAUGAUCGACGGUACAGGGAUAGAUAUAAGGACAGAUACAGAAGGGACCGUCGUGAUUACAUGGAUGAUUACCAUAAAUUUCUACUGAACAAACGUGAAAUGGAGUUGUUGAAGUUAGAAAACAAGGUUAGGUUUAUCCUUGCAGUUGUGAAGGGAGAGAUCAUUGUAAGUAAUAGGAAGAGAGCUGCUCUGUUUGUUGAGCUGCAAACAAAAGGUUUCACUCCUUUUCCAAAGAAAACUAAAGUUGUUGAGCCAGAAGUUGCUGGUGCAACUGAUGAUACAGAAGAAACAGAAGUGAAAUCUCCUGCUGACAGCAGUAGUAAUGGGGUACAGAUAAGUGAUUAUGAGUAUCUACUGGCCAUGGCAAUUGGAAGCUUGACCAUUGAGAAGGUUCAGGAGUUAUGCGCUGAAAGGGAUAAGGUCAAUAAGGAGGUUGAUGAUUUGAGAAAGGAAACUCCAAAGUCCUUUUGGAGGACAGAUCUUGAUGCUUUGGAGGGGCAACUCGAUGAGCUAGAGAGAAGUGAUGUGAGGCAGAGGAGUUAAGAAAGAAAAUGAGAGGCAAAGCAAGGGGUGAAGCUGCUAUGAAGUCUGCUAGACAAGCACCCAAGAACCCACGGAAGAACAAUAAUAAGAAGGCAAAUAAUGCAGAAUCUGUUGCAGAAGCUGUCUCGUCAUCUGUGGCUGCAAGGGAAAUUGAGAAAGCUCCUGAGGCAGCAAAACCCAAAGACAGAGCAGGCUCUAGGAAAGCUCCUGGUAAGGUCUGUUUCUGUUCCUAUGUUCUAUUUUUCCUUGGAAAGGAUGAGCUUAAAGAACGACUUGCUGCCUAUAACCUCGAUGCAUCUCCUGAUCAAUCAGCCGUUCAAUAUAUAUUAUUAU